AUGCUCCGAGCACCCCUGCCAAGGCCCUCGACCGCCGCCACCAACAGACAUCAAAAACAAUCCACGCCCAUCAAAAGGUCGUCGCCCGUUGCAGUAUCUCCGACCUUGACCGAGUCGUCCCUCUCAUCAUCAAAGGAACAGAGGCAACAGCAACUUCAAUUGCUUCAGCGACAGCAGAAGCUUGGCGAGGUUCGAUACGUUCGUGGACAAGUGGUUGCAACGGAAAACGAUUACGGACAAUACGGACAAAAAUAUGAGCAGGACCAGGACCAGGAACAAGAGACUAUGUGGGCAUCGCAGGAAACAAAGGACGCCUGGAUCAAAAUCGCUGAAGACGCCGAUGCGGACCGCCAAACCGUACGUUGGGAGCGGCGGCAAUCGCACCUCUCGGACAAGCAUAUGAACCUUGGACCAAUGAGGCUUCUUUCAGACGAGACCCCACCAGAUGUCAUGGACGGCACAUCGGAUCGCAUCAUCAGCCAGAACGACAAUGUCAACCGUCCAUGGCGGGAUUCCAAACUCCACGACAUCUUUAUCGACCUGCUGGAUGACCAGACACAAAAGGAGCAGUUGGCGGAUCAUGGCCCAAUCGCCGCUCAACCACAGUCGGCAGAGGAUUCUUUUGGUGACCUUCACGACGCCCUCCAUAACGAUCGGGACUUGAGCAAUAACGGCGCUGUUAGGACACCCUCACGUCAGGCCAAGUACGAAAAGGCGAAACAGAGCAUUGCGGCUCUUUCUCCUUCCAGAGAUCUUCAGGACGGCCCCGAGGAUAUCCCCAGCCCAUCUUCCGAUUCGGCCGCCAGUCUGCUUUUCAAGCGUACUCAGGAGGCGUUUUUGAAGCAGAAGCGACAGGCGAUCAUCAAGGCGGCCAUGACCAUUGACCCCAACGACGAUCGAAGCCUUCCCCCCAAGGCUGAGAAGAACCAGUUGUCGAUCAAAACAGCGUUGGCUCCCAGCAGGACUCCUUCCAACAUCCCCCCUUCGUCUCGAUCGUCACGAGUCUCAUAUGGAUCUCGUCAUCGCUCUCAGGGCUCCAAGGAUACGGAGAUUGGCGAUCGCGGCAGCACGACAUCAAGGGACAGCGUAUAUCGGGACAGUCUUUCAGGAUCGACUCUUGGUUCUGCGGGAUUCCAGGCCCAGCUCGAGGGAAUCAACAAGCACGAGCUCGCCCAUGUUUUCUCGGCCCUUAAAACCGGUGCCGUCGCCGAGCUCUUUGCUACGGACGCUGUCUCGUCCAAAAAGAGCAUAAACAGGAUCCUGCCGGACAACGUCAAUUCAAAGUCCCAUGCCACCACUGGACUCCUCUCUGUUACUGGCAUGGCGACUUCCGAAGACACUGAUAUGACGCCACAGCCCACAGAGAGGACCACCUCUUUGACGGUGCGAUCAGGAUCUGCCAACGCCACCAACCGACGGAUCGAUGGAGAGAGCGACCCUGCUCGCACCAAACAGAUUACGGCCCUGGCCCAGAAGAGCCUGAGCAAGCAGUCGAGUUCAUUCGUGGAGGAUUUGGCGAACGCAACAGACAUCGCUUUGAGAUCGGGAUCGGAGAUGUCGUUCAAGAACACUUCCUCGCCGCCUUCAAAGAAGAUCGAACGAUCCUUGGCUACAGGUUCAGGCCUUGGUCAAGUAACUGAGCAAACUGAAGGAGCGGAUCUGGACGAGCCUUUGGAUGACCGGAGGAAGCGGGAAGUCAAGUUUACUCCCUCCAGCGCCACGUCACCCGUGAACACCAACGGACAAGAUCGCUAUGAGGAGGAUGUCAGUGACAAGGAGGCCAACAUCGAGCUUGACAUGGACGACCUGGACUCACUUGCCGGUUCCCGAGGCAUGGAGAACGCCUUCAAGAGUCUUGAGAACUUUAACUUUGACACAUCAUUCGAGACGGUGGGCGACGCAAAGGAGAGCAGGGUGACAUCAAGGAAGUCGAAUUCCAGCAGACAGCCCCAGACGGACGACGAAGGCGCUGGUUCGGAUUUCUUGACGGCGGUCUCAUUGCCCUCCAAGCCAAGGCGUCGCGGCGAACACUCGCUCAAGUGGGAGAACCAGAUCGAGACAGCAUCGAACGCGGACUCUUCUCGGUAUGGACCUAACACCAGCCUCUCGCGGUCCUCCUCCAACCCCAACCUCAACCAAGGCAUGAUGGCCGAGCAGUCAUCAUUCAGCCACGCCGAGGGCGAGCUAAUUCGUUACAUCACUGGUCUCCACCCCUGGGAUGAAUGGGAUCAAGUCAAAUCCCUAGAUCUGACCAAGCGUGAGGUUGAGAGUACUAUUCGUCUGAACCAUCUCGUCCCCAACUUGGAGGUGUUGAUCUUGAACGAGAACCAGGUGCCUUACUUGACAGGAAUUCCCAAGUCUGUCAAGACCCUGCAGGUGCGAUCUAACCUGUUGAGCGACCUGACUAACUUUAGCCAUCUCGCCAACCUGCAGUAUCUGGAUAUCUCUCACAACGCCAUCGAGGACCUCACAGGGCUGUCGAGCCUUGUUCACUUGCGCGAGCUGAUUGCUGAAGGCAACAACAUCAAGAGUGUCUCGGCAUUGCAGCAAAUGGAUGGGUUGAUUCGCUUGGAUGUCUCACACAACAAUCUGACCAGCCUGGAUUUCCGAUGGAGCAAGUUGCAGCGACUCGAGUUCCUGAACGCUUCCCACAACAAGAUCGAGCAGCUCGAGAACCUAGAGUCGCUUGCUGGCCUCAUCCAUGCCAACCUGGCCCACAACUGCAUCGAGGAUAUCAGCCUAGUGCAGCCUCUCCGUCGUCUCCGGAUCCUUCGUCUUUCAGAGAACAAGCUGCUCACCUUCAAUGCCGACUCGUUCCCAGGUCUCCGUACUCUCUACCUGGACGACAACCGCCUUCAGUCGCUCGAGAAUUGUCAGACCUUGACCCGCCUCGAAAACUUUUCGGCUCGCGACCAGCAGGGUGAGGGUAUCGCCAUCGACAUGACAGAGUUUAUCAACAGCCGAAAACUCUACCUCUCUGGCAACCCAAUCCACGCCUUGGACUUUGAGAUGGGUUUCUAUCGUCUCGAGUACUUGGAGAUCUGUGCCGGCUGCCUUUCCGAGCUGCCGAUCGACUUUUCGACCUUGUUCCCCAAUCUGCGAGGCUUGAACCUGAGCUAUAACGGACUGGACUCGCUUGCAGCACUGGAUGGUCUGCACCGCCUUCGACGAUUGAUCUUUGUGGGCAACAGUCUCAAGAGCUUCAGCGACGUGUUGUCCCUUGUCAAGCGCAUGCGGUCCUUGGUCACACUCGAUCUUCGGCACAAUCCAUUGACAUCAAACAUGUACCCAGCCAUGUCGAUUCGCCAAGGGUCCAAGUACCAGGACACAUACCGAACCAACCAAAACUCAGAGACCGAGCUGGACUGGCGCCGACGCGACGUUGGAUUCCGGCGAUCUCUCCCGGAUGCCAUGUAUGUCAAGCGUUCGGUCUACCGAUCGGCGAUCCUCAAGUCGUGCAAACGUCUGGAGUGGUUCGACGGAGGUGCGAUCCAGGUCAAGGAGCGAGAACGGGCUCCCAUGGUCCUGGGCGAUCUCUUGGACAACUAUGGCCGGAAUUACUUGGCCCAUGGCCGACGCGAGGAUGAUGAGGAGGACUUUGAGUAUGAGGAUGAACAAGGUUACCGAUACGAGGAUGACUACUACCAGCAACAGCAGCAGCAUUACGAAAGCGAGUGGAUUGAGCAGCGAGCUCAAUUGGAGCAGUUGAACCAAGAGUCGUUGCAUAAUGGCGAUGAGGAGGAUGAGUUCGAUGCCAACGAGUGCGACCCUGAGGAUGUCACGGAUAACAGCAAACGCCAGAGCAGUCUUGACAGUGGGAGCAUGAGCGGCCACCGUCAACAGUUGGGACGCCAACGGCAAUUGCGACAAGUUGUUCCCAAGUCGCCUCUCUCUCGCUUCACCAUCCCUGCAAUGCCACCAACACCUCAUCGGUUGAGAUCUCAGCCUGGAUACUCAAUGUCGUCGCCUUCUCCCAAAGAGCAGCAGGUCUCCAAGCCGCGAAGCUCAGCUGUCCCCACACCUACCAAGUUGAAGUCCAGCACUUCUUCGUUGCGUAGACAGGCGGCGGCGGAAGAAGCUGAGGAGGAUGGAGUUGUUGUGGACUAUGAGGGGUCCUCCGACAAGCGGUCGGCGGUUCAAAACUGGAGGGAUGAGGUCAACGAGGUCUCGCAGAGGAAGCUCAUGUCCCCGCGAGGCCUUGCGGCGACUACUGCUGCCGCUGCCACUGCCACUGCACCAGUUGAACUCCGCACCAAGGUGUUGAUGAGCCGUGGUAGCGAUAAGGAUAGCCAUAGCAGCCACAGCAAUGGCAGCGGUAGCUCCCGUGGCAGCCGGAAUGGAGGAGGCACGAGUGGUCUGCGCCAAGAGACCUUGGAGACCUCGACGGGCGCUGUUGGUCAGCGCAGCAGUGACGAUCGUCCAGCUCAGGAACGUCGCACCAGUCGCCGUAAACUUAGUAUCCCACCACCACCAACCCCUGGCAUGUCGGCGUCUUGGUCUCGACCUGCGAUGCACGCCCGCAGACGGUCUGAUGGUGCUGCGGCCUUGAUCCCAGCAGUAUUUCAACAGCAACAGCAACAGCAGCAGACACAUCGUUUUGCGUCUCCAUCCCCUAUGACCGCAAGCGGGACCUUGCUCCGACCUAAUCAUCUCCGUCGGCGGUCAUUUGGAGUCUACCCGCACCACAGUGCGUCAGCGGGCGCUCGCAAGAAGGAGAUGCUGGGACUCGACCAGUCUCAAUUGACCCAGAGUCCUGCCUUUGGAGCCAUGAGCGUUGGCCAGCUGCCCACACCCGGAUCUCCUGGCUACUUUGGAAUGUCGCACCGUUACUCCGCAAGCCCAGUGAUGUUACAUAGUCCUUAUGGUUCUGGAAAGGUCCCUCUCCAAGGCCAUGGCACUCCUUCUGGAGGAGCGGCAAGAAGUAUUCCCAACACUCCCUCCCGAGCUGGUGGGCGUCUGAGUCGUGUCAGCCAAGGCACCCAUCACUACCCCCAGACCCUUGCCCGCGACAUGGAGCGCUCCGUCAUUGUGGACUGA